AGUCUCCGCAGAGCUGCGGCGGGAGUAGCUGGUGGGCCCCGUAGAGCCGCCGAACUUCCGGGACUCGGCCGUGACCCCUUCCCGGCUUCCGGUCCGCUCUGCCGCAUUGGUUGUCUCAGCGGGUUGAUUCGGGACAAACCACACGACCCAGGGGCCGGUGCGAGUGUGGAAAGGGGAGCACUCCUCUCGUGGUCGCCUGGAGGGGCGCUGGAGGAGGGGGUGACGUAUCCAGGGACUCGAGGUCGGCUGCGGGAAUGAUCCACGAACUGCUCUUGGCUCUGAGCGGGUACCCUGGGUCCAUUUUCACCUGGAACAAGCGGAGUGGCCUGCAGGUUUCACAAGACUUCCCUUUCCUUCACCCAAGUGAGACCAGUGUCCUGAAUCGACUUUGCCGGCUCGGCACAGACUAUAUUCGCUUCACUGAGUUCAUUGAACAGUACACCGGCCAUGUGCAACAACAGGAUCACCAUCCAUCUCAGCAGGGCCAAGGUGGGUUACAUGGAAUCUACCUGAGGGCCUUCUGCACGGGACUGGAUUCUGUUUUGCAGCCUUACCGCCAAGCACUACUUGAUUUGGAACAAGAGUUCCUGGGUGAUCCCCAUCUCUCCAUAUCACAUGUCAACUACUCCCUAGACCAGUUCCAGCUUCUUUUUCCCUCUGUGAUGGUUGUAGUAGAACAAAUUAAAAGUCAAAAGAUUCAUGGUUGUCAAAUCCUGGAAACAGUCUACAAACACAGCUGUGGGGGGUUGCCUCCUGUUCGAAGUGCUCUGGAAAAAAUCCUGGCCGUUUGCCAUGGGGUCAUGUAUAAACAGCUCUCAGCCUGGAUGCUCCAUGGACUCCUCUUGGACCAGCAUGAAGAAUUCUUUAUCAAACAGGGUCCAUCUUCUGGUAAUGUCAGUGCCCAGCCAGAAGAGGACGAGGAGGAUCUGGGCAUUGGGGGACUGACAGGAAAACAACUGAGAGAACUCCAGGACUUGCGCCUCAUAGAGGAAGAGAACAUGCUGGCACCAUCUCUGAAGCAGUUUUCCCUGCGAGUGGAGAUUUUACCAUCCUACAUUCCAGUGAGGGUUGCCGAAAAAAUCCUGUUUGUUGGAGAAUCUGUCCAGAUGUUUGAGAAUCAAAAUGUGAACUUGACUAGAAAAGGAUCCAUUUUGAAAAACCAGGAGGACACUUUUGCUGCAGAGCUGCACCGUCUCAAGCAGCAGCCACUCUUCAGCUUGGUGGACUUUGAACAGGUGGUGGAUCGCAUUCGCAGCACUGUGGCUGAGCAUCUCUGGAAGUUGAUGGUAGAAGAGUCCGAUUUACUGGGUCAGCUGAAGAUCAUUAAAGACUUUUACCUUCUGGGACGUGGAGAACUGUUUCAGGCCUUCAUUGACACAGCUCAACACAUGUUAAAAACACCGCCCACUGCAGUAACUGAGCAUGAUGUGAAUGUGGCGUUUCAGCAGUCAGCACACAAGGUAUUGCUAGAUGAUGACAACCUUCUCCCUCUGUUGCACUUGACAAUUGAGUAUCACGGAAAGGAGCACAAAGCAGAUGCUACUCAGGCAAGAGAAGGUCCUUCUCGGGAAACUUCUCCCCGGGAAGCCCCUGCAUCUGGCUGGGCAGCCCUAGGUCUUUCCUACAAAGUACAGUGGCCACUACAUAUUCUCUUCACCCCAGCUGUCCUGGAAAAAUACAAUGUUGUUUUCAAGUACUUAUUGAGCGUGCGCCGGGUGCAAGCUGAGCUGCAGCACUGCUGGGCCCUACAAAUGCAGCGCAAGCACCUCAAGUCCAACCAGACUGAUGCGAUCAAGUGGCGCCUAAGAAAUCACAUGGCAUUUUUGGUGGAUAAUCUUCAGUACUAUCUCCAGGUAGAUGUGUUGGAGUCUCAGUUCUCCCAGCUGCUUCAUCAAAUCAAUUCUACCCGAGACUUUGAAAGCAUCCGAUUGGCUCAUGACCACUUCCUGAGCAAUUUGCUGGCUCAAUCCUUUAUCCUAUUGAAACCUGUAUUUCACUGCCUGAAUGAAAUCCUAGACCUCUGUCACAGUUUUUGUUCACUGGUCAGUCAGAACCUAGGCCCACUGGAUGAGCGUGGAGCCGCCCAGCUGAGUAUUCUCGUGAAGGGCUUCAGCCGCCAGUCUUCACUCCUAUUCAAGAUUCUCUCCAGUGUUCGGAAUCAUCAGAUCAACUCAGAUUUGGCUCAACUACUGUUACGACUAGAUUAUAACAAAUACUAUACCCAGGCUGGUGGAACGCUGGGCAGUUUCGGGAUGUGAAAAGCUCUGACUCAUAAACUGAAGUAACAGUAAAUCCCACCUCAUUCCCAAGGUUGUAACAGAAGAUUCAAAACAAACAUCCCAUUCUAGCCACACACAAAUAACUGCAGCCUAGUGGUAAGACUCUACCUAUCCCUAGAAGCAGUUACUGAACAUCCAGGGGUACAAAUCCUUCCCAUCAUUCCCAUGUGGAAGGGUCUGGCCGAUCAAGGAGACUAUGUGGCAUCUCUGAUACUUUACACUGAGAAAAUAUGCUGGAUAUGUUCUUUUCUUUAAUAGUGAUUUAUUGAGCACCUACUAUGUGCCUUGGUACUGUUCAAGCUGUGGGAGAUACAGCAGUAAACAAUACAAAGCAGAAAGUUAACUUUUAUGUUUCAUAUGUGAACAAGUAACUGUAUUUAUAAACAGGUUAACUGCUGGAUGUUACCACCAAGUAAGAAAGGAACAGGUAAGACAGGCUUUCUCUCUCCCUAUAUACCAAGUAAUUUAUACCUACACAGAUUGGACAAUUCUAGCUAAUGAAAAUAUAUUUAAAGUAUUUCCUAGGUCAGGUGUGGUGGCUCACACUGUAAUCCCAGCACUUUGGGAGGCCGAGGCAGGUGGAUCACCUGAGGUCAGGAGUUCAAGACCAGCCUGACCAAUAUGAUGAAACCCUGUCUCUACUAAAAAUAAAAAAAUUAGCCAGGCAUGGUGGCAUGCACCUGUAAUCCCAGCUACUCAGGAGGUUGGGACAGGAGACUCACUUGAACCUGGGAGGCAGAGGUUGAAAUGAGCCAAGAUCACACCAUUGCACUCCAGCCUGGGCAACAAGAGCGAAACGCCAUCCCCCGCCCCCCCCAACCAAAAAAAAAGUAUUUUUUAUUCUCCAAGAAAAAGGUUCUUAAGAAAAAACUGAGAUCAAGUUGUUAGGUUUUUAAAUACUGAAGACUGCAGGCCCAAUUACCCAUCUUACACAAGCCAUAGGAGUUGAAGUUCUCUUAAUAUGGCCCAGCCAACACUGGUAAUAUUCAUAUCAGUGUGAGUAAAUAAAUAUUCGUUUAACAACUCCCUCCAAA